AUGGCCGGCAAGCGGAAGUCAGGGGAGGGCAAGGCUGGGCCUGCCAAUGCGAAGGCAGCCAAGCAAGGAGCAAAUCCGGCCACCCUGGAAAAGUACAGCUAUGUUCACAAGAUCACGGCUUGGCUCAAGGACACCGUGCUGCCCGCCGGCUCCAUCGACGCCUUCCUUAGCAACCAAAUGGAGAAAAAGCUUGACUUCGCCCGGUGGAUGGACAACUUCUGUCCUGCAGAUUCUGAGAAGGCCUACAGCAUUGACAGCAACGGCUGCUACUUGAGGCCCUUCCAGUUGGGAUGGCGCUCAGAUUUCGGAAUUAGCGGAAUGAUGGAGCCUGAAACGGCCGAGCUCCUCCUGGAACUCAUCUUGACAGAGGGGUUCCUGACUGACCCCAACGUUGUCGGUGUCGAGAAGUUGGGCGUCACGCUGCCUCCACCGGAGUACCUCGACGGCGGCAUCACCGAAUGCCCCGCCAUCAACCUGGGCAGUGCUUUGUUGCCACCCUUCAGUGUCGGGUACGUGAAAGGGUGGAAAAGAGCAGUGUGCUUGAUCCUGGCACUCUGUGGAAUCAGAGUGCUGGGAUUGGAGGCAGAAGUGCCCCACCACAUUCGUGUGACAAUGGGCACCAUCCACUGCUCCUUCGGAGCCUUUCAAGGUGUGAAAGCCAAGGUGUUGGCUUCGCGAGGAGGAGCCGAACAGCAGUUUUCGGAGACUCAGAACGAGAUAGAUUGGCACUCCCAGACUGCCAUUGCGAAGGCCUUCCAAAUAGGCCGGAGCGAAGCCGGAGCUGUGCAGCAGCUCAUCACGGCCGUGCCGAAGGAUGUGAAAAAUGCAUUGGAAAUGGCAGUGAAGCAACGAGGUAUGGUGAAGUUUCUGGGCCAUGAAGCUGUGGCACGACAACUCUUCAGUGCCUCCUACAUCAACACCUCGCCGGGCAUGGAUGCAUGGCGGGACCAGCUGACAAACGCCCCGGGCGAUUCCAGGAUUGUGACUGAACGUGAACAUCUGGUUUGCAAAAUUUGGGGUUGA